AUGAGUGCAAGCAGGGGAAGCGGCGCCGGCAAUGGCGGAGGGGCACAAUCAGUUCCGGCGGGGUCGCGGAAGAUUGUGCAGAGCUUGAAGGAGAUAGUUAAUUACUCGGACGCGGAGAUCUAUGCUACCCUCAAGGACUGCAAUAUGGACCCUAACGAGACCGUUAAUCGUCUACUCGCUCAAGAUCCUUUCCAUGAGGUGAAGAGUAAAAGAGAAAAGAAAAAAGAGGGUAAAGAUACCACUGAGCCUAGGUCUCGUGGCGUUAGUCAUAAUUCCAGCCGAGGCAACAAGAUUAGCACUGAUCAAUAUCUUAACAUUGGUGGUUCAACGUCAUAUAAUUCUUCUGAGUAUGCUCCUUUGCACGGAAAAGUGUCAUCUAAGAAAGAAAAUGGAUCAACUUCUUACACAAACCCUUUCUCAUCCUAUGAUACGCCAGGAAAUAAUACCAGCAGAGGACCCGCUGACCACAGUGAUGAUGCCUCUGCCGAAAACAAAGGAUCAUCAGCUGCGCCAUCUGGUGUAAAGCCAUAUUCUGGAAAUCAAUCUUCCUGGACAGGACCUCCUGGUCCUGUAUCCAUGGCUGACAUAGUGAGGAUGGGCAGACCGCAGAAUAGAGUAUCAAUUGCUCCGACUAAUGAGGAGUGGCCUUCCAUAGAGAAUCCUGAAGAUCAUAAAUUCGAGGAUCCUGAGUCAGGAAUAUCUAUGGUUCAGCAUUCACGGACUAAUGAGGAGUGGCCUUCCAUAGAGAAUCCGACCGCUACACAAGUGUAUAUUCCGGAGUACAUUGUGGAUACUGAGCAGUACCAAGAGGCGCAUGGUGUACCAGUUAACAGCAUUGGUCGACCUUCAGAGGGGGAAGAUGUUCAAGAAGUACAAGAUGAAGAUGCUGAAUAUUCUGGGGUAUCUAAUUCUAUAUCUAGCCGGAAGAUUCCAGAGGAUGGUUCAAGAAGUGCAUCCCUAUUCGAGAACCACUUGUAUACAAACAGAGGUUCUUACCAGCAUGAUUUCAAUGAAGCUGAAGAAAAUGGUGCUUCAGUGUCAUCAGUCACCAGAAACUUGCAACAACUUGAUAUAGAAAAGGGUGAUAGAGAUUUGCCACCUGAGGGAUAUACAACAUCUGUGGUGAUUCCAGACCAUUUGCAAGUUCAGAAUGUAGAUUGCUCACAUCUGAGCUUCGGCAGUUUUGGACCAAAGUCAGCUUUGCUCACACAGUCUAACUUGGAAGAGCCGCGUAAUGAGCCUAAUGUUUCAUCAGUUGGGAAUCUGAACAGCAGAAGUUCAGAGUAUUAUGUUGACGAUUCCCUUACAAAUGCUUCUGAUGGUGAUUUGUUCCUUAGAAGUAAUACAAAUGCAGGGAGCUACGCUCCAUCUUCUCCUUCACAGCGAGAAGAGCUGAAGCCCGAGAAUGCUGAAUCUGUUCAUUCAAAUCAAUAUACUUAUCCUCCUGACACUGGAUACACCUUUGCCGAUGCUCAACACUUAAAUGCUCCUUUCGGUCAAGGCUACUCAAACCCUCUGCCAAGCACAUUGUCGCCAGCUAAUGUUCAUGCUGGUAGAGAGCCUGAUCUUCAGUUCUCUCAAUUUGCUGGCGCGAAAUCAUUAUCUGCUAAAUAUGGAAAUUCAGCCUCUACCAUUGAUGGUUCAGCAUUUUCUGAGGCUUUGAAGACUGCUGCUGGUUUCUCCUCAUCUUCACAGCACAAUGCUCCACAGAUUCUUUCCGAGGCUGGAGUCCCCAAUGGGCCUCCUCUUCCUCAGCAUCUCUCCAUGCAUCCAUAUUCUCAGGCCGCGCUCCAGUUUGGCUUGGGCCCAUACGGAAACAUGACGGGCUACUCGUACUUGCCCCAGAGCUAUACAUACGUUCCUUCAUCUGCUUUCCAACAGACAUUUUCGGGCAACAGCACGUACCGUCAAUCAAAGGCUGGGGCUGUGCUUCCUCAGUACAAGAACAGUGUUUCGGGUGGUAGUCUGCCCCAGUCAGCAUCCGGAUAUGGUGGCCUUGGAAAUACCUCGAUGAAUAUCUCGAUGAAUUCACCCUCGUCUGGGACGAGUUUGAGUUAUGAUGAUGUUUUGAGUACUCAGUAUAAGGACAAUAGUCACUUGGUCUCUCUUCAGCAGAAUGAUAACUUGGGCACGUGGCUCCACGGACUUAAUUCCAGAACAAUGUCGGGUCUUCCAGCCAGCACAUAUUACAACUAUCAUCAGCAGGAACAAAACCAGCAAACAGGAGGGUUGAGACAAGUCCAGCAACAGAAUUAUGGGAAUCAAGGAUACUCGAAUUACUAUCAUUCACAAGGUGGAGCCUUUUCACUCGAUCAGCAACAGAACCCGAGAGAUGGGUCACUUGGCGGCUCUCAGGGGCAGCCUAAACAGUCCCGGAUUUGGCAGGGUGGCUACUAA